AUGGCCGACGAUUCUCAAGGAGCGGCUAGCCCCAAGAACGAGCGAGGCUACGCAGAAGCAGGCGAAGAUGCAGAGACGCGCGCCGCCCGCCGUGAGCUGAAACAGUCGUCUAUAUCAGAUCCUCCUACCGCCGUCAGCGACCUCGCAUCUGACUCUAUCGACGAGAGAGCGGCACGCCCUGAGACCCCAGCCGACGCCGUAUCAGAUAGCCAGGACGAGAGAUUCAAGGAACAUGUGCCGUCUCCAAAGAAGAAGCGCGCACACGACCAGUUAGAUGGGAGCAUAGACGUCGAGCAAAACGACGCCAACAGCGUUACCUCUACAGAAUCCAACAAAGAUCGGGCUUCUCGAUUGGAGCCAGAAAAGAAGAGACAUCGUGAGGAAGACUCAAAGAGGGUGGUUUCUGUAUGUGAUAUCCUACCCAAUGUUACACGGCCUCCAUCUGGCCCGCAACCUGCCACCGAAGAGACCGCCAGUUCCAAGAUUCCCUCUGCGAAUGCUUUACCACAGACAUCGUCCGCUGCCUUUUCCGCCUCAGGGUUCGGCAAACUUGCUACUGGAUCAUCCCCAUUUGCGAGUUUGAGCACAUCUCAGAGCAGCAUUUUUGCUCCCUCAAUCGGCUCCUCGGUUUUGCCAUCAGCCACCGGGUUGGGUACCGCGGGAUCACAGCCUGCGCCAUCUGUCACCAUGCCUAAAUUGACAUUUGGGAGUGUUAAUAGUGCUUCGCCUUUUGCCAACCUUUCUUCAGGAUUUGGUGGAGCCAGUCUCGGCUCUCCAUUUUCGGCAGGCAAAGGACUGGAAAGCUUUGCAUCGCCUUUGGCCAAGCCUCUCCAAAGCGAAAAACCAGCAAAGCCUUUUGGGGCUCCAGAGAGCGAUGUAGACGACGAGGAUGAUGCUGAUGCUGAGCGAGAUGACGAGUCCGAGCCGAAUGAACAAGAGCGAGCCCCAUCACCAGAAAAGGAACUGGAAGAGAAGAAGAGGAUCAAGCUGCACAAGGUCGAAGUUGAUGACGGCGAGGCAGGUGAAGCAACUCUACUUUCAGUCCGAGCAAAAAUGUUUUACCACGACAAAGAGGCAGGCUGGAAGGAACGAGGCGCUGGGAUGCUGAAAAUAAAUGUUCCCCAAGCCUGUGUCGAAUUCGAUGAGAACGGCUCGCCCAUCCUCGGCUCCUUCGAUGCGUCCGGUCUUGACAGUGGUGAUGGAGGUGAUGAGAAGGAGGCUCACAAAGUUGUUCGUCUUCUCAUGCGCCAGGAUCAGACGCAUCGUGUAAUUCUCAACACGGCCAUCCUCCCGGCUAUGAAUUUCCAAGAAAAGGCAUCCCUCAAGUCUGUUGGGAUAUUAUUCACGGCAUUCGAGGGUGAACAGGCGAAGCCCGUGAGCAUUACAAUGAGAGUGAUACUUCAGGGAUACUCUAGACUUGUCACAUGGGACGAAAUUCCCAAUAGUAAUACCAUCCUAGAUGCUGAAUAUGAAAAUUUGUUAACCAGCAGAUGUCCACAAAACAGGCUACUUAGCGAACUAAGAAAUAUGGAUCCACGGAAGCGCAUCCGCGAGGAAGAUGUUCCCGUGGAUGAAGAUGGCCGCCAAAACAUUUCAGUUGACAUUCCAAAGAAUGGGGCCAGGACCAAAAGACGCAAUACUAAUCACAAAAAGCAGGGUAAGAAAGAUGGUUCGGACAGUUCUGUAGCAUCGCCUAUUCCUUGGAUUGAGGCUCUUCAAGAUCUUGAAAGAGCCCAUCGAGCAUUGAAUCUGGUUUACACGUUCUGCUCCACGCGCAAGCAUGUGAUAACGACACUCGAUACCCUUCGACCAGCCGUUGAAUCGCACAUUAAAAGAACAUUAACAGUCCAGGAUGUCGCACAAAUGGUCGCUCUUCGCCCUGAGGCUAUGAAAUUCGAGUAUGCCAAUGAGCUUAUGCUUCAACUCAACACUAGAGGUGCUCAGAGGGACGACGUCUUCAAAUCGUCACAGGCUUCUAUGUCACAAAUUCCAGCUCACGAUGUGUCGGUUGGCGGACUGACUGGGGAUGAGCGCCUGGGUAAUGAUGCCUACGACCAGGCCGCUAUGGAUGGGCGCGAGGUAUUAUACCUAGAAUUCAUCGACGGUGAUUUGAAGCGGCAAGUGUUGGAUAGAGAAACAGGCGAAGCGACGCGACCAAAUCAAAAGCUUAGAAAAGAAAAGUUGAAAAUGCCAGUAUACGGCCAAAAACAGAUGAUGCAGCUGAUCGAGCGACGUAACCAGAAAUUUGCUAACGCUAUCAACGACUUCCUCAAGAGAUGUGUGGAUAACGGCGAGGAUCCAGAAAAAUCCCUUUAUGAAAGAGCCGAAGCUUAUAUACCCAAAUUGACGCCGAAAGAGGCUCUGUCAAUCCAUCGCACAGCGAGUACCAUUCCUGAUGUCAUCCCUCGUGAACGACAAAGUAUUUCGGAAAUUCUGCUCCAGCUCAGAGAGAGUCCGUGGUAUUCUGGCCAAAUUGUGCCCGAUGGCCACAGAGUAUUCGAACCACAAAGCCCCAACUAUGGAGGUCUCAAGUUUCUCUUGUCUCAAGAUCUGGUAAAUGCCCUCUAUAAUGCUAAACAGAUAACGCAGUUUUACACGCAUCAAGCAGAGGCCAUAAACAAGCUACACGAAGGGCAAAAUAUUGUCAUAUCGACUUCCACCAGCUCUGGAAAAUCGUUGAUCUACCAGUUACCAAUCUUGCAUGCUUUGGAGCGGGAUACAAAUUCAAGAGCUUUGUAUAUAUUCCCCACCAAAGCACUGGCCCAGGAUCAGAAACGGAGCCUCAAGGACAUCUUGGCAUAUAUGCCAAGUCUUAAUCAGGUUUUAGUAGAAACCUUUGACGGAGAUACUCCCAUGAACCUUCGAGAUGCUAUUCGAGAAGAGGCAAAAAUCAUCUUCACGAAUCCCGAUAUGCUUCACCUCACAAUCCUCCCUCAAGAACAAAGAUGGAGAACAUUUCUGAAGAAUCUCAAAUUUGUUGUUGUUGAUGAACUCCAUUACUAUAAUGGCCAGCUUGGAUCUCAUGUUGCCUUUAUAAUGCGAAGAUUGCGCCGGAUAUGCGCGGCAGUGGGAAACCGGCGUAUCCAAUUCAUUUCCUGCUCUGCCACAGUAGCCAAUCCUGAGGAACACUUCAAAUUGAUAUUCGGAGUCUCAAAUGUCUGUUUAAUCGACUACGAUGGAUCUCCAUCCGGAAGAAAAGAGUUUCUUUGCUGGAAUACCCCUUUCAAAGAACCUGGAGAUCCUACGAGCGGACGAGGUAACGCCAAGUUUGAAUGCGCUCGUCUAUUUUGUGCUCUCUUAUUGAGGGGCGUCAGGAUCAUUGCUUUUUGCAGAGUUCGUGCACAAUGCGAGGCAUUAACCAACGCAAUAAAGCAAGAGUUGCGCGAACUUGGUCGUCCGGAAUGCAGCAAUCUGGUAAUGGGCUACCGGGGUGGCUAUACAGCUCGAGACCGGCGAAGAAUCGAGGCAGAAAUGUUCGAAGGAAAAUUGUUGGGCAUAGUGGCAACUACGGCACUUGAACUCGGCAUCGAUAUCGGCACUCUGGAUUGUGUUCUUACUUGGGGUUUCCCUUACACAAUUGCAAAUUUACGACAGCAGAGUGGCAGAGCCGGAAGGCGAACCAAAGAUUCGCUGUCUAUUCUAGUAGGCGACAGUUUUCCGACAGACCAGCAUUACAUGAACAACCCUGAUGAACUCUUCUCGAAGCCAAACUGUGAAUUACGUGUGGACCUGGACGAUAUCCUUGUUCGUGAGGGGCACAUUCAAUGUGCAGCAUAUGAGAUGCCCAUUCGGCAAGAUGAGGAUAUGCAGUUUUUUGGACCUGACCUGCCUCAGAUCUGUCAAGAGCGAUUGGUGAAAGACGAAUUAGGGUUUUUUCACUGCCACGACCGUUUUCGCCCUAACCCAGCCCAAUACAUUGCCAUUCGAGAUGCAGAGGACGAGCACUUUGCUAUCAUUGAUAUUACGAACGGGAGGAACGAGGUCCUAGAAGAACUAGAAGCAUCGAGAGCGACUUUUACCAUCUAUGACGGAGCUAUAUUCCUUCACCAGGGCAAUACAUAUCUUAUUCGGGAUUUUUUACCAGACCAAAGCAUUGCCAAAGUCGAAAGAGUCAACGUUGAGUGGACCACCAUGUCGCGAGACUUUACUGACAUUGACCCUGUGGAAAUCGAAGCCAUUCGAACAAUACCUGGAUCGUCUUGCCACGCUUAUUAUGGAGGUAUCAAGAUUCAACAAAAUGUAUUUGGAUUCUUCAAAGUCGACAAAAGGGGGCGGAUCAUAGACGCAGUGCAGGUAGACAAUCCACCUGUUAUACGCCAUAGCAAGGGAAUGUGGCUAGACAUACCGCGACAAGUACUUGAGCUAUUACGAGACCGACAGCUUAAUGCGGCGGCAGCCAUACAUGCAGCAGAGCAUGUCAUUAUGAGUCUACUACCGGCGUUUGUCAUCAGUUUGCCUGGAGAUGUACGGACAGAGUGUAAAGUGGCUCUUAAAGAAUUCGCCAAAAAAGAAACAAAAAGGAAGCGACCGGCUCGUUUAACGUUUUAUGACGCCAAGGGGGGUGCAAAUGGAUCCGGCGUGAGCACGAAGGCGUUCGAUCACAUCGAUCAUCUUCUACAGCGUGCUUUGAAAAGAGUCGAGGAAUGCUGUUGCCAGCAAGGCUGUAUUGAAUGUGUGGCGUCCGAGAUAUGCAAAGAAUCCAACGAAGUCAUAAGCAAGGCAGGAUGCCUCAUCAUUCUCAGAAGCCUGCUGGGUUUGGAGGUUGGAACAGACAACAUACAGCCAGGGCCGGAAGAGUUGAGUUCCCUGGGAAUUGAGACAAUAACUUUCGCAACGCCAAUUCCAAUGAAGAGAAAAUAA